AUGUCUCGUGAAGCUGAUACUGGUCGAGUAACAUAUGAUCGAUUUGUUGAAUUUGAACGUUUGGUGAAUGGUUAUCCAUCAGUAGGUCGACGAAUUAAUCCAAAACCAAUUGGUUAUGCUGCAUUUGCUUUAACAUUAUUUGUUUAUUCAAUGAAUAUGUGCGGUGCAACUGUUCCACUGUUAACUUCACCUGCUUUAGCCAUGGGUCUGGCAUUAUUUUAUGGUGGUUUAAUUCAAUUAAUUGCUGGUGUAUAUGAACUUCGUUCAGGUAACAAUUUUCAUGCACUUGUAUUUUGUUCUUAUGCUGGCUUCUGGUUUGGACUUGGUUCACUUUAUGUUCAAGGUUCAUUUGCCUUUUCGGGCCAAGUUGCAGAUCCAACAGUAAAUAAUUAUUCUUUUGGUAUUUUCUUUCUUGGAUGGACAAUUUUUACAUUAGCUGUGUUAAUUGCAUCCAUUCGAACAAACAUAAGUGCUAUACUCUUUUUCUUCUUUCUAUUAUUAACUUAUAUUUUAUUCACUGCACAUUAUUAUCUUAAUAUCCAUAAUGAUUUGAGACGUGCUGCAGGUGCUUUUGGAAUAGUUACAGCAGUUAUUGGUUGGUAUAAAGCAUUUGCACAUUUACUUGUCAAAGGUGAAAAUGCAUAUUUUAAUUUACCAUUAAUUGAUAUAUCACGACGUCGAGGAGAUGCAGCUGGACCAAACGCAGUUGAAACGCGAGUCGCAAAAUAA